AUGUCAGACGCCAACGCCAUCAAAGCAGAAGCCAACAAGGCAUUCGCAGCCAAAGAUUACACUCAAGCGGCCAAACUCUAUUCUGAUGCCAUUGCCAUCGACCCUCAGAACCAUGUCUUAUACUCAAAUAGAUCUGCUUCAAAAGCCGGUCAAAAAGAUUAUCAAGGAGCUCUAGAGGAUGCUGAAAAAUGUAUUGAAAUCUUACCUUCGUUCUCUAAAGGAUAUGCUAGAAAAGGAGCAGCCCUUCAUGGACUUCGACAAUACCCAGAAGCAGUUAUGGCUUAUGAAGAGGGAUUACAAUCUGAUCCAAAUUCCGAUGUAUUGAAGAAAGGUAUGGCAGAUGUAAAGAGAGUUAUGGAGAAUGAAUCUGGGUCACCUUUCGGUCCAGGUGGUGAUAUGGGAUUAGGCAAAAUCUUCAAUGAUCCUUCAAUGAUAACUAAAUUGGAGAAUCAUCCAAAGACAAAAGAACACAUGAAAGAUCCAAGUUUCAGAUCUUCCGUGGCUAGAUUACAAGCUUCAGGAGGAAAAGAUAUGGGUGCUAUGAUGGGUGAUCCUAGAAUGUUGACCGUUCUAGGUGUCAUGAUGGGUAUCGAUAUUGACGCAAUGGAAAGACCAGAAGGAAGUAAUGAGAUGCCACCUGGAACCAAACCUGCACCUACCCAACCUCAAGCAUCAUCUUCUAAACCUACUCCUGCUGCCGAAAAAAAACCUGAACCUACACCUGAGGUCAAGGACGAACCUAUGGAAGUGGAAGAAGAAGACUCAGAUGAAGUCGCCAAGAAGCAAGCUGCCGAUUUGAAGACUCAAGGAAACGCUUCCUACAAAGCUCGAAAAUUCGAUGAAGCGAUCGAAUUGUACUCUAAAGCUUGGGACACUUAUCCUAAAGAUGUCACUUUCCUUACCAAUCUCUCUGCGGUAUACUUCGAGAAAGGAGAUUACGAGAAAUGUAUCGAAACGUGUGAAAAAGCCGUUGAGGAAGGUAGAGAUCUAAGAGCGGACUACAAGAUCUUCGCAAAAGCCUUUGGUCGAAUUGGAUCCGCGUACAGCAAACUCGGUGAUCUCGCAAACGCUAUCAAAUUCUACUCUAAAUCACUCACUGAACACCGAACACCUGAUAUCCUUACCAAGCUCAGAGAAGCCGAAAAGGCCAAAGCAGAGUCUGAUAGACAAGCCUACAUCGAUCCUGAAAAAGCUGAGAGCGCAAGAGCGGAAGGUAACGAAUCGUUCAAAGCCGGAGAUUACGCUGGAGCAGUCAAACACUACACUGAAGCCAUUAAGCGAUUGCCCACGGAUCCCAGAGCUUAUAAUAACCGAGCAUCGUGUUAUCAAAAGCUCUUGGCUCUUCCUGAGGCUCUCAAGGACGCCGAAGAAGCUAUUAAGAUUGAUAAUACUUUCAUCAAAGCUUAUAUCAGAAAGGCUUUAGUGCAAGAAGCUAUGAAGGAGUUCAACAAGGCAUUAGAGACUUUACAAUUAGCUACUGAGACUGAUGUGGAGAAGAAGCACACAAGAGAAUUGGAGAGCAACUUGACUCGAAUUUUGACUCAAAUCCAAUCUCAACGAUCUACCGAAACCGAUGAGGAGACAUACGAGAGAGCAAUGAGAGAUCCUGCAGUCCAAGAGAUCAUGGGUGACCCAAUCAUGAGACAAAUCCUCUCUGACGCUCAACAAAAUCCUCAAGCUCUUCAAGACCAUAUGAAGAACCCCAUGAUCGCUGGUAAAAUCCAAAAACUUAUCAACGCUGGUAUAAUCCGAACCCGAUAA